AUGAUACUCGAUGCGGCAGCUGGGGAAGUAAGACAGGAACGCAAGGCGUUCAAGGAGAGUGGAGUGAAGAAACGGCCUCGUGGUGGUUGGGGGAAACAAUCUAGUUCCAAAAAAGCCCCGAAGUAUCAAAAGGGGCGGUCCAUUAGACAAGGACCUAUGCGGUGCGUGAUCUGCGGUGGAGAACAUCACGCGGGGAAUUGUAGGGAUCGGGCGGGGCGGUGCUUCAAGUGUGGUCGAGCGGGACAUAUGGCCCGUCAGUGCGCGGAAGGAGUGCCACCUGCCCCGUCAGUUGCAUCUGCCCCAGAGAUUCAGCGACAGUUUGGUGGAGUCCCGUCUGCUACCGCCGUAUCUGCGGGGUGUGUGAUUUGUGGAGGAUCCCACCAGGCGCGGCGGUGUGUGCUGCGAAAAGGAAGGUGUUUUCGUUGCGGGCAGUCUGGCCACGUGAAACAUGGUUGCCCCUUGGACGAUGGACGACUCCUGCCGACAGCGUCGACAUUCACCUCUUCGGGACAGAUGGUGGAUGUGCAGCCUGUGGCACAGUCUGGAGGGCUGGGGGUGGUUGAGCAGCCGGAGGAUUCACAGGAGGCGCUAAGCGGCCCUGGAUACGCGGCUCAAGUCGAGGAACCUGCUGCUGUUGGUGAUGUCACCGCAG